UUCCGAGUCCCAAGAAAUUGGGAUCCUGUUCUGGCUCCUGAGCCGCUGCCUUUUAUAGGAAAGUACGACCGCGACUUGCAUGAUCUGUCUCGUAGCCAGGGAAAGAGGGUUGCGAGAAUGACGAAGAAGAUUACAGUACAACGAGGUCCACGGCACGACGAGCAGAAAGAGGAGGUGGGGGAGUGGAUUUGGGAUUCAAACCUGCAUUUCACACAAGGGUGCCGCAAUGGCGGGUGCCAUUUCGUGUUGCAUUGCCUUGAGUUUUGGUGCGCCCGUGGUGUGUGCGUCAACGAUUUCUACAUAUGCCUCGAGGAUCAGUAGAGUGACCGCGCGUCCAAGAAAUUAUUUGUCUGUUGACUUGCAGGAUUUGUCGUCGAGGGGGAGAGGAAUCUCGCAACGCGUCGAGCGAUUCUCAGGUGCGGGAAGUCGGAGGAGAAGUGGGAGUCGUUUUCGAAUCUCCUCAAAGCUUGCCGAAGGCGGAGUUGGUGAUGAUCUUCCGCCGCGGAGUAGGGAGGAGACCGUAGAGCAGGCCGGGGGCUCUUUAUCGUCCUUGUUGGAGAAAGCUUUGAAAGCUUCAGGGCCUACUACUGUGAAGCAGCGGAAGUCGCUGCGGCAACAAAGACUUCGAGUUGACAUUCCGGUUCUGGACGAGUCGCCUCAAGCACUCUUUUCUUUAACAUUGGAUUUAAUUGAGUCGUUCCUCGGCGACAAGAAAGUCUUCGGCUCGGUUGCCGUAUACUUUCCUUCCACGUUGCUCGAAGUCGUCCCCACGGACCUCGUCAAUGCCAGCAAAGUCCUUGCAUCACGGUUUUUUUCUUUGGAGAGCGAAGAAGGAGUACCUUACGAUACAGCGGUGGCUAUAAUUGUUGCACCCAAAUUCACUCACGCUGCAGCCCUUGAUUCGAUAUCAAGAAGCGCCGGACACAGGCCGAUAGUUGUCCUCAAUGGAGAGUGGUCUGGGGAGGAAGAAGGGGAUCAAAGAUGGGGCUCUCUACUAUCAUCGUUUGAGGUUGCGUACUCCUUCACCCCCUUAGCCAUUAAGGGCUUCUUUAGUACAACGGAGGGAGCAAUUUUAAAGCAUGUCAAAAGCGGAGCCCCAGCUGGAAGACCUUGGCUUAUAUUUGUCAAAGAAGGAGAAACUUAUAAAUGUGUGAGCAGUCUGAAGCGAAGGCCCGACUCUGCUGACCUCGAGAAUGCACUCUACAGUUCUAUGGCUGCAAAUUCACCCGUCAAUAAAUCUAUAAAAUUCUUGCGAGGUUUCGUGAGUAAGUGAUAAAAUUAUGCCUGGCAUUCCAACACGGACGAGCAUGCUGCAAUCUUGAACGGAGAAUUGUCUGUCAAGCCGAGGCAGUGCUUUAGUAGCAAUUCACUGUCUUCGUCUGCCUCGGCCAGGGACUAGACUCUCAGCAUCAAGGAAUGAAAGGAGGAGAAGCAUGAUUGCAGGCCCUCCCUGAUGUCUGACUUUCUAUGUACAUAGCUAGUUGCACAUUUAGUCGGGAAACCCUCUGUAUACCUCUUCGCUGCAAUUCGAUCGUGUCGAUAUAUUGGAUUGCAUUUGUCUUU